AUGGAGUCUGCAAAGCGGAAGCGAGCCGCCAAAGCAUGUAACUACUGCAGAAAGAGAAAGAGAAAAUGUGACGGCAGACAACCUGUCUGUACGCUUUGUGAGGAGGCGAAUAACUCGGAGUGCGAGUAUCGUGAGGAGGGCAUUGAAAACAAGUAUGCAGUCUUACCUCUCUUACGGAUUGCAAUCUCAGUCGACAGAGUCGAUGAAAUCUUUGACCGCCUUGAAUCACUCGAAUCAACUUUCCAAACCGCCAUAGCCGGACGGCGAGAAAAAAGUCCAGUUUCAACUCCCUACCCUCCAAUACCAAGAUACGGAGAGGCCAUCAGUCCUUCGGAUGGUAUCGUCGCUGCUUCAUCAGUCCACUCAACCGGCCCAGGAACGCAGACUUCGCUGUCGCAAUUUGCUAACAAUAAUGUCUUCAACACCACCAUGGACAUCCCCCUGUCUCAUUCCUCAACUACAGGAAAUCUCUUGCGUUCGGCGCCCGCCAAGGCUUUGCUGGGACAUUAUCCUCCUGAUUUGUUUCUUCAUAUCGAGUUAAGACGGCCAAUCCCUGAGGGUCUUCGACUCAAUGCCGUGCCUGCUAGCCAGAUCGAGCUCCCUUCACUACCCCCCAAUGAAACAGACCAUCUCGUCAGGAACUACUUUCAACUCGUCCACAGAUUUCACCCCAUUCUUGACCAAAGAGCUUUCUACGACUUGUAUGACCAGACUCUUGAGCAUGGUCCGCGGGCAGACCUUGCUUCUGCGCUGGUCCUGGUUGUUCUGGCUCUUGGGACUGUUGCCGCCGAGACACCAAAUCGCAUGGAUGCGUGCUGGUGUCCCGGAAUCAAAUAUUUCACUCCAGCAGUUCGACUUUUACUGACAGAGUCUCUGUGCUCUUUUGGGGGUGAUCCUCUUCUACCGCAGGCGUUGUAUCUGGCGGCGCUGUACUACAGCUACUUAUCCAGGCCUUUGCUUGCGUGGCGAUUGGUGCACAUGGCUUCUACUGAUGUGCAGCACUACUGGAUCAGAUCAGAAAAGCUAUUACGUGACGGGCAAGGCGGUUCGCAAGACCAGUCCAUACUGCGAGUAUUUUGGGCCAUUUUAGUCCUCGAGUGUGAUAUCCUUGCUGAACACCAUCUUCCCCGGAGUGGUAUAGAAAAGAUCGUUGAUAAGCUGCCAUAUCCAUGGUCCGACGGUCCUUUUGAACCAUAUAUGCAUCGCUGGCUAGCCGAUCUCUCUUCUCGUCGCUUACUAAACCGAAUUCACUACGUCCUCUACGCCGAAGCCGAACCAGGCACAGGCGAUAAUGCAGGCGACAGCUCAGAAGAUACACUCUCAAACCUUCCAAACCUAGCACAUGAAUUGAAUCGUCAGCUGGGUGCUUGGUAUCAUCUCCUGCCCCAUAGUAUCCGACCAAAUCUGGACAGUCCUCCUAUAGGUAUUGAUGAUACCAUGGUUAGCAUACGAUAUCAUACUACUGGCGAUAUCAUAUACAGGCCAUUUCUGUACCAGGUUUGUGCGCUGGCGCCCGGUACAUCACCCAAUCCAGCCACGCUUGAGAAUGCGCGACAAUGCCUGGUGCACUGUCGCAGAUAUCUCAAUGCGGUGGAACAUGCAGUUCACGCACCGACAGCCUCAUUGGAGAAUCUCUUGCACGGGACCAUGGCUGUAGUGCUACUUCUAUCCUUCGCCGCCUUCUCCCGACUCGAUGCACUGAAGGUCCCAGAUCUCAACCAAUUGCAGGACAAGGGCAUUAGGAUCUGCGAAAGAUGGGCGUUUCCAGGAUCCAGCAUUGAGCAGAUGGUUGUCAUUUUGCGCGCCCUACGUGCGAAGUGUAUUGACACAGGAUGA